AUUAUGGCGACCGCUUGCAAUGGCCGCCCAGGCUGUGUUCUGAAAGGAGCAUCCUGGUGUUUGGACUGAGUGAGCAUCUGGGUUCCGGGAGGAGCAUGAAAUCAAAGGAUCUCAUGUCUGCACCCCAGAAGCAGGAGCAGGGAAAGAAGAAUCCAGUGUGCUGUGACAUCCACCAGAUGGAAGGUGUGAAUAGAACAUGGGGAUACUAUGAAAAUAAAAACAUUAUUACAGAGAGUCUCAGCCUCGCCGCCGCCGCCACCGCCGCCCAGGGACACUGCCGAGCCGGGCCCUGUGCGCCGCCACCCACUCCGGACACAGACUUCCCAGUUAUGGAUAAGAAUGAGCUGGUGCAGAAGGCCAAGCUGGCCGAGCAGACUGAGCGGUACGACGACAUGGCAGCCUGCAUGAAGUCUGUGACCGAGCAAGGAGCCGAGCUGUCCAACGAGGAGCGGAAUCUCCUCUCCGUCGCCUACAAGAACGUUGUGGGGGCCCGCAGGUCAUCUUGGAGGGUUGUCUCAAGUAUUGAGCAGAAGACGGAAGGCGCCGAGAAGAAGCAGCAGAUGGCUCGGGAGUACAGGGAGAAAAUUGAGGCGGAGUUGAGAGACAUCUGCAAUGACGUCCUGUCUCUUUUGGAAAAGUUCUUGAUCCCCAAUGCUUCGCAAGCAGAAAGCAAAGUCUUCUAUUUGAAGAUGAAGGGCGACUACUACCGCUACCUGGCUGAGGUUGCUGCUGGUGAUAACAAGAAGGGAAUUGUGGAGCAGUCACAGCAAGCGUACCAAGAAGCAUUUGAAAUCAGCAAAAAGGAAAUGCAGCCAACACAUCCUAUCAGACUGGGUCUGGCCCUUAACUUCUCUGUGUUCUAUUAUGAGAUUCUGAAUUCCCCAGAGAAAGCCUGCUCUCUUGCAAAAACAACUUUUGACGAAGCCAUUGCUGAACUUGAUACAUUAAGUGAAGAGUCGUACAAAGACAGCACGCUAAUAAUGCAGUUACUGAGAGACAACUUGACAUUGUGGACAUCGGAUACCCAAGGAGACGAAGCGGAAGCAGGAGAAGGAGGGGAAAAUUAACCUCCAGCCUUUGUCUGCCUCACUCUAAAAUUUACACAGUAGACCAUUUGUCAUCCAUGCUGUCCCACAAAUAGUUUUUUGUUUACGAUUUAUGACAGGUUUAUGUUACUUCUAUUUGAAUUUCUAUAUUUCCCAUGUGGUUUUAAUGUUUUAGUAUUAGGGGAGUAGAGCCAGUUAACUUUAGGGAGUUACUCGUUUUCAUCUUGAGGUGGCCAAUCUGGGGAAGUGGAAUUUUUACAUGAGUUACACAUGUUUGGCAUAGUACUUUGGUACAUUGUGGCUUCAGAAGGGCCAGAGUUAAAACUGCUUCCAUGUCGGAUAAUUGGUUCCAGUCACGAGUGUAGUUGUUGCGGGUACUUUAAGGUUUGGAGCACUUGUGAUGCUGUGGUACAAACAGAUGUCCCUUGGAUACACCUUGGGACCUGGUGUCUCUGCGUGCACUCUGACCACAGCUCCGGAAGUGGUCCUUAGACAAAGUUGUGACCCAGUUUUCUCUGAUAAGGGCAGAAACGGUUCACAUUCCAUUAUUUGUAAAGUUACCUGCUGUUUGCUUUCAUUGUUUUUGCUACACAUUUUAUUUGUAUUUAAAUGUUUUAGGCGAUCUAAGAACAAAUGUAAAAGUUAAAAAUGCAGUAAAAAUGAUUUGUUUGGUGUUCACUGCUCCAUGUGUGUCAAGCACAGCGGUAAACAAAACCCCAUGUAUUUAAUUUUUUUUUUUUAGUUUUUUGUUUUGUUUUUUGCUUUUGUGAUUUUUUUCUUUUUGAUACUUGCCUAACAUGCAUGUGCUGUAAAAAUAGUUAACAGGGAAAUGACUUGAGAUGACGGCUAGCUUUGUUUUAAUGUCUUAGGAAAUCUUCAUGAACAACCCAAGCAUAAUUGUUAAGAACACGUGUAUUAAAGUUCAUGUAAGUGGAAUAAAAGUUUUAUGAAUGGAAAAAAA